GUGUGUAUGUGAGAGAAAGAGACGGAGAGAGAGAGUGAGAGAGAGAGAGCUGCUUUCGUCUUCACUGAUCUCCAAAGAUUGCUCGUUAGUGAUAUUUUGCUCAGAGGUCUUCCACUGUCAUGUUGAGAGCCAGGGAACCGGGAUCUUUGGCCGUACUGGCCUCCACCCUUCUUCUGGGAUUCAGCGUUGCGUUUUCCCUCGGACAGAAUGACACAGAACCGGUAGUUUUGGAAGGAAAAUGUUUAGUUGUGUGUGACUCGAACCCGUCUGCCGAAGGAGGAGUGACCUCGUCGUUUGGGAUAUCUGUCCGAGCUGCUGGUGCUAAAGUGGCUUUCUCUGCGGUCAGAGGAACUAACCAUGAACCAUCAGAAAUGAGUAACAAGUCCAUGACAAUCUACUUUGAUCAGGUACUAGUGAACAUUGGAAAUCAUUUCGAUCUUAAGGCGAGUGUAUUUCAAGCUCCUCGGCGAGGCAUUUACAGCUUCAGCUUUCACGUUGUGAAGGUCUACAACCGACAGACAAUUCAGGUCAACCUGAUGCAUAAUGAAUACCCAAUCAUAUCUGCAUUUGCUGGUGAUCAAGAUGUGACCCGAGAGGCAGCAAGUAACGGCGUUCUGCUUCACCUGGAGCGUGAAGACAGACUCUAUCUCAAACUGGAGAGAGGGAACCUCAUGGGCGGGUGGAAGUACUCCACAUUCUCUGGCUUUCUUGUUUUCCCUCUCUAAUUGAAUAGAGCCCAUUUUAAAUGGUCCAGACUGAAGACCAAGGGACAUUUCCAUAUCUGCUUUUAAAAAUGAAGGUAGCAAAGAGAACAUGGAAUACGUUAGUUUAUUUUAUUUAUUCUUAGGAUCUGAAGAAAUGUAUGUAUGUAUGUGCGUAUAUAUAUGUAUGCAUUUAAUUAUUUGUGAGAUUCAAAAGGAAGUAGGACAGUGACAAUAUUUGGACUAAGUGAUGUCUGGAUAUUGCUUUUGGAAAGAGUGGUUUGUUAUUGUCAGUGAUAUUUUUGCAUUCAGAAGCAUAUUUUGCACGAAAUGUGUUUUGUUAUGUGUUUGUCUUUUAUUGUUUUGUAUAGCCCUUUUAAAUCUGAUGUUCAGUAGUAGCAUAAUAAGUACAAAAAAACAGUAAUUUCUGUUUGAUCGUUGUUUUUUUUGGCUUAAUGCAUAGGCAGGCAAUGAUAUCUUGCAUUUUUAUAUUACUGAAUGUAAAUAUACUCAUGUCAUAAACACAAGGAAUGUAUUUAAAAACUCUUUUAGGGCUCAAAUGUUUUAUUUUGCAAGAAGGGUAUAUAAAGUCUUAAAGGCAUGGGGAAAGGAACAUUUCAUCAUUUGCUCACCCUCAUGUUGUUCCAAACCUUUAUGAAUUUCUUUCUUCUGUUAAACACAAAAUAAGAUAUUUUGAAGAAUGUUGGCAACCAAACAGUUGAUGGUAGCCACUGACAAAGUGUGAGAAAAAAAUACUAUGGAAGUCAAAGGCUACCAGCAAUCAUUUCAAUUUUGGGUGAACUGUCCCAAAAUAGAUUUAAAGAAGAGAAAAACUCAACACUGUCCGUGGUGCUGAACAACAGCUGUCCAGUGGCAAUCUUGUCAAGCACACAUAUGAAUGAUUAUUAAAUGCUUACAUCAAAAUAAGCAGUGCAACAUUUAUCAGUCAAAUUUGUUUUGGAUAAAUAUGUCACCUACAGUUGAGUACAGCAUAGACCUUCAGUACUUAAACUUCAUCUACAGAUCCACAUGGGGAUUUUAUUACUUUAAAAGUUGUAUUUGAGAGUAAUUGUGUAACAAGAGUGUAAACAUAUAUAAUAUUCAAAUAUAUCUGAUUAAGUCUCUCAACGGGGGAAGUUUAAGGAAGGAUGAAAGUAGCAUCCACCUACAGAGUUCAAUAUGUGCAAAAACUGGCAAGAUAUAGACACCAUGCAGACAUGUUGUCUCUCCAUUUAGGGCAGGGCAGUGUGUUUCAAGAUGCUGUCUUACACAAUACUGAACUUUAAAGAUUUAACAUUUAUAGCUUUAUAUAUUUUUCAAAGCAUGGCUGGGAAACAGCAUGGAAAUUAGGUAAUUUAUUACCAUGGGCACAAUUAAAAACUGUGAAGACAGCAAUAUUUGGAGUUGAAAUGCAAAUGUGCUGAGGUAUGAGAAUGAUGUGGGUGUUAAGUGUUAAACGGUGAAAUAUUCCUUCCAAGAGUAGAGCUUAAAAAGACGCUAGCACAUAUUUUCACUC